AAAAUUACAAGUUCGCACGUGUUGAUGUACAACCCCUAAUUGUUGUUACAUAACCCUAUCUCUCAUUCUCCAUCUUCCCCUUCUCCCAAUCGCUCAUUUCCUCAUUCCCCAUAUGUUUUUUAUAUUAUAUGUAACUAGUUUUCUUUCCUCAAUUCCUCACUGAUUCUCUCUCUUACAUCGCCCUUUUCCUCCGCCUCUGACCGUCCACCGUUGCUCCGCCCAAAACCUAAACUCAUCUCACGAUUAAGGAAUAUCUACUGUGAUGGCUAGAGGAGCAAUCCAUCAAUUACUAAGGAGGAAACUUCAUUCUCAGUCCACUAUUCCCCCAUCUUUGUCUUCCUUUAAUUCAAAGAGAGACGAUACUGGUUCUGCUGGGAUUAAGUCUCUAAGAGCCCUUGCACUUCUAGGAGCUGGAGUCUCUGGAUUAUUAAGUUUUGCAACUGUUGCAUCUGCUGAUGAGGCUGAACAUGGAUUAGAAUGUCCAAGCUAUCCCUGGCCCCACAAGGGAAUUCUAAGUUCAUAUGAUCAUGGAUCGAUUCGUCGUGGUCAUCAGGUUUACCAACAAGUUUGUGCAUCAUGCCACUCCAUGUCUUUAAUAUCAUACCGUGAUUUGGUGGGUGUUGCAUACACAGAAGAGGAAACAAAGGCUAUGGCAGCUGAGAUUGAGGUGGUUGAUGGGCCCAAUGAUGAGGGUGAGAUGUUCACGCGCCCGGGAAAACUGAGUGAUCGGUUUCCCCAGCCAUAUUCAAAUGAGCAAGCAGCUAGAUUUGCAAAUGGAGGGGCAUAUCCUCCAGAUCUAAGUCUCAUUACCAAAGCUCGCCACAAUGGUCAGAAUUAUGUGUUUGCUCUUUUAACCGGAUACCGUGAUCCUCCUGCUGGUGUUUCGAUCCGUGAUGGUUUGCACUACAACCCUUACUUCCCUGGUGGAGCAAUUGCUAUGCCUAAGAUGCUUAAUGAUGGUGCUGUAGAGUACGAAGACGGUACUCCUGCUACAGAGGCCCAGAUGGGUAAAGAUGUCACAACAUUCUUGUCCUGGGCUGCAGAACCAGAAAUGGAAGAAAGGAAACUGAUGGGAUUCAAAUGGAUAUUUGUGCUCUCACUGGCUCUACUCCAAGCUGCAUACUACCGGCGGUUGAAGUGGAGUACUCUCAAGUCUCGCAAGCUGGUUCUUGAUGUCAUCAACUAGAUUCCUUUUUAAUUUCAUUUAGAAUUAUGCUUGUGGUUGGAGGGUCUCUAAGUUGGAAAUAUUUUUUUUUAAUGAUCUUGGUUUUCUUCCCAUGCAUGCUCCUAUUGAGUUGACAACAUCAGUUAUUGGUAAUGUAGUGACCUGAGGAAUGUCACUUGCAGAGACACUGAAAAUAAGCUGCUCCAUACAUCUGAUAAAAUAUUUUUGCCUUUUUGACAUAAAAAGCUUUGUUAAAUUCUUCUUUAUGGACUUGUGGAGGGAUGUUGCUUUUUCAAUAUUCAUUUAAUGCUUUGGAUCAUAUAUUUGCAAAUUAAUGGUCAAAUAUUAUAAUAAAAAUGGCAACUUUUUUUA